AUGGUGACGGCAAACAAGGCCCAGCUUGGAGGGGCCGCGUGCUGGGCUGCUACCCCUGCCACCGCCGCCAUGAUCCCCCCUGCGGACUCUCUGCUCAAGUACGACACCCCGGUGCUAGUGAGCCGGAACACGGAGAAACGGAGCCCCAAGGCUCGACCAUUGAAAGUCAGCCCUCAGCAGCCUGGACCCUCAGGUGCAGUCCCACCCAAAACCAAGCUUCCCUCAACCUCCUGUGUCACAGAUCCUACAAAACAGGCAGAAGAAAUCUUGAAUGCCAUUCUACCCCCAAGGGAGUGGGUAGAAGACACGCAGCUAUGGAUCCAGCAGGUGUCCAGCACCCCCAGUACCAGGAUGGAUGUGGUGCAUCUGCAGGAGCAGUUGGACCUGAAGCUCCAGCAGCGACAGGCCAGGGAGACUGGUAUCUGUCCUGUGCGCAGGGAGCUCUACUCACAGUGUUUUGAUGAGCUGAUCCGGGAGGUCACCAUCAACUGUGCAGAGAGGGGGCUGUUGUUGCUGCGAGUCCGGGACGAGAUCCGCAUGACUAUCGCUGCCUACCAGACCCUGUACGAGAGCAGUGUGGCGUUCGGCAUGAGGAAGGCUCUGCAGGCCGAACAGGGGAAGUCAGACAUGGAGAGGAAAAUUGCAGAAUUGGAGACCGAAAGGAGAGACUUGGAGAGGCAAGUGAAUGAGCAGAAAGCAAAAUGUGAGGCCACAGAGAAGCGGGAGAAUGAGAGGCGACAGGUGGAAGAGAAGAAGCACAACGAGGAGAUUCAGUUCCUGAAGCGGACAAACCAGCAACUGAAGGCCCAACUGGAAGGCAUUAUUGCACCAAAGAAGUGAUAAUUUCCAUAUGCGUUUCAGCAAAUACUACUAUCCCA